AGCCUUGUCUCUCUUCUGGGUCAAAACUUCCUUGUUUUUCUGCCUUUUGUUGCUGCUCAUUAGCUUCACCACUCUAUAUGGUUUUCACUUUCAUUUUAAUUUUUCUAUUUCUCAUUUCUGCAUCCUCUUGGUUUUGUCUAUUUGUGUGGUGACUGUUUUUCAUUUUUUGUGAUUAUUUUUUACCCUUUUGCCUUGUUUGAUGGUUUUGGUGAAGUCUAUCUAUUUAUCCCUUCUGUUUUACUUUCCUUGUUCUUUUGUGCAUAGACUGACACAUUUGAAAGUCAAGACACGUGUUAGGAGGGUUUGGUUUUUUGUGUUUUGAUGGUUUUGUUUUGGUUUUUGAAGAAGGCUUUCAAGAGAAAUAAGAAGAAGGGUUGUUUGUUGAAGUUGUUUUAGGACUAAAGUUUUUAUUUUUAUGCAAAGAUUGAUGAUAAUGGAUCCUCGUCUUCUUGGGUUUAGUGGUUCCCCUAAUGAAAUCCAGUUGGGAAAUCAGAGAUUUGAAAAUGGUUUCUUUGAUCAAAGUAGGGAAUUUGGUUACCUUCAGUCCAAUCUACUACCAACUGACACACCUUCUUCAUCCUCGGUUUGGACUCAUGAGGAACCUUCUCCGGAGGAUUGUGAAUUUUCUGAUGGAAUUUUGAGUUACAUCAGUCAGAUCCUUAUGGAAGAAGACAUGGAAGAUAAGACAUGCAUGUUACAAGAUUCAUUGGAUCUUCAAAUUGCUGAGAGAUCAUUCUAUGAGGUAAUUGGUGAAAAGUACCCUUCUUCGCCUUUAGGGCAUCCAAGUUCUGUUGAUCCAGAUGAUGGGGGUGGGGUGGAUAAUUUCUCUGAAAAUUAUGGUACUUGUUCUUACAAUGAUGGUGACCUCAGUAGCAUUUUUACUAACAAUUCUUUGCGCCGAAAUUUGGGGGAACUUCCUAACCAGAAUUUUCGAGGCAAUAGCAUUUCCCGGUCAUCUUAUAGCUCUCCAAAUAGUGUCAUAAGUAGUGUGGAAGGGCCUGUAGACUCUCCAAGCAGUAUUCUCCAGGUUCCUGAUCUGAACAGUGAGACUCAAUCCAUUUUGCAAUUUCAGAAGGGUGUUGAGGAGGCUAGCAAGUUUCUUCCAAGUGGAAAUGGACUCUUUGCUAAUUUGGGUGUGGCUAAUUUUUCAAAACUAGAGCCUAGAGUGGGGAGUGAUGAAUUGCCUGUUAAGGUGGAGAAGGACGAGGGUGAGUCUUUUCCUGCUGGAUCCAAAAUAAGGAAGCAUCAUCACAGGGAAGAGGGGGGUGUUGAAGAAAAUAGAAGCAGCAAGCAAGCCGCAAUUUUCUCUGAACCUACAUUGCGAUCAUCCAUGAUUGAUAUAAUCCUGCUUCAUAGUUUAGGGGAUGGCAAGAAGCAUUUUAUGGCCCGCCGUGAGGCCUUGCAAACCAAGAAUGAGAAGAUAGUGGUGUCAAAUGGUAAAUCAAAGGCUUCCAAUGGUGGCAAGGGGCGUAGUAAGAAACAAAAUGGGAAAAAGGAGGUGGUAGAUUUGAGAACACUUUUGGUUCUUUGUGCUCAGGCUGUUGCUGCAGAUGACUAUAAAGGUGCAAACGAGUUGCUAAAGCAGAUCAGGCAGCACUCAAACCCUUUUGGGGAUGGGAAUCAGAGGUUGGCUCAUAUCUUUGCUGAUGGCCUUGAAGCGCGCUUGUCUGGUACUGGUAGCCAAAUUUAUAAAGGACUUGUUAGCAAAAGAACAUCGGCUGCUGAUUUUCUGAAGGCCUAUCAUCUAUAUCUUGCUGCUUGCCCUUUUAGGAAGAUGACUGCUUUUAUCUCUAAUGUUACAAUAAGGAAAUCUUCAGCAAAUUCAGCAAGACUCCAUAUUAUAGAUUUUGGUAUCCUUUAUGGUUUCCAGUGGCCUACUUUAAUUCAGAGACUUUCAUUAGCAGGAGGAGCACCUAAACUCCGGAUUACUGGAAUAGACUCCCCACAACCUGGUUUCAGGCCUGCUGAGAGAAUUGUAGAAACUGGACGCCGCUUGGCGGCAUAUGCUGAAUCAUUUAAGGUGGAAUUUGAGUACAAUGCUAUAGCUAAAAAAUGGGAAACAAUUCAACUUGAGGAACUCAAGAUUGAUAGGGACGAGUACCUCGUUGUUACCUGUUUUUAUCGUGGUAAAAAUGUGCUGGAUGAAUCUGUGGUUGUGGACAGUCCAAGGAAUAAAUUCCUCAGUUUGAUAAGGAAGAUCAACCCGAAUAUAUUCAUUCAUGGCAUUACUAACGGGGCCUUCAAUGCGCCUUUUUUUGUUACUCGAUUCAGGGAGGCACUGUUUCACUACUCUUCACUCUUUGACAUGCUUGAAGCCAUUGUUUCUCGCGAGGAAUGGGAGAGGAUGCUCAUUGAGAAAGAAAUAUUUGGUAGGGAAGCAUUGAAUGUCAUAGCAUGUGAAGGCUGUGAGAGAGUAGAGAGGCCAGAGACAUAUAGGCAGUGGCAAGCCCGAAUUCUAAGGGCUGGAUUUUUGCAACAACCUUUUGAGCGUGAGAUAGUAAAGAGGGCAAUAGAGAAAGUAACAACUAGCUACCACAAGGAUUUUGUAAUUGAUGAAGAUAGCCAAUGGUUGUUGCAAGGUUGGAAGGGGCGAAUCAUUUAUGCCCUUUCUUGUUGGAAACCUGCAUGACUAACCAAGAUGGUACAAGUGCAUCUCACUCGGGCUUUGUGAAUUAGUUUGACUUCUGAGGAGCUCAGGGUUCGAGAUCAAAAAUAAGGAUUCAAGCUGUGAGUUCAGUUGAGGAAAACAUGGCUACUUAAUAGCCUGGUAUGAAAGUAGAUAAUCUAUGUUAUUAUCCUAUAGAUCAUUUAUAAAGUCUGUUGUGUGAUAGCUAACUUGAGGGCUGUCAAAUGAACAUGAUCCAAUCUAAUGUUGCAGAUGAAUUUAGCAUGUAAUAAGAUCAAACCUUUAUUGCUGUUACUCAUUUUGAGCUUUCAACUUCAAUGCUUCUGAUAGUUUACUAAACUGAAGCAGAUGGCAUGUUACUAUUCUAGCUGUACCAAAAGCAAAAAGUUUGACUAGGUCCACGUAGCUUAGAUGCUGCAAUUGGUUCAAGUGUGGAAGUGAUGUACAAACAGCAGAUCUCUUCACAUUUGCUUUUGAAGACUUGUUUCAACAUUUGACCCAUAAUGGGUGGUGGGGGCCUCUUGUUGAUACAGAUUUUCCUUGUUGAAUAAUGUAUGAUUGUAAUCUGACUUGCCAUAUGGUGUGCAUUUACUACAUAUUUGGACCUAUAACCAAAUCUAUAGUUGGUCACACCAUUCAUCAUUUGACUUUCCCUUUGGUGGACAGCUGAUGAAAGUUGUUCUUUGGAACAGUGGUGGCACGAUGACUUGAACAUGCCCCUAGGAAGCUAUUGGAAAUCUUCACCACUAGCUCAUUGCUUGUAACUUGUAGCUAUUGAAAGUGGAUCAAAAGUAAAUUCUAUUUUAUACAUUUUGUUCUCACAAUUUGUUGGAUUCAUAGUCCA